UGUUGAGCGGAGCCAAGUUGACGGUGUUUGUGAUGCUGAGGAGAGAGCAUCCUCCGCGGCAGGUCUCCACACAGGCAGGCCGUGUGUUUAGGGACAUGUGAUGUCUUUAUUAUUGGUAUUACACGUUAUUUUAUCACCGUGAGUUUGAACCGUUUUCAUCCUGAGCUCAGCGAUGGGGGGUUUCUCCGAGAGUGGUGCAGUGUCGCCCGGACACAGCAGACACGGACAGGGCUCUGGCUCCGGCAAUAACGGCAAGAAAACGUCGAAAAAGUCGCGAACGAAAAGAGGCAAACGAGGCAGGAAAAGGAGGAAUAAAAAGAACAGGAACAACAGAACACCGCCGCCGUAUUUCCCACCGGAGGCUGAAGAAGGAAACAUAGAGUACAAGCUGAAGCUGGUGAAUCCCACCCAGUAUCGUUUCGAGCACCUGGCCACCCAGCUGAAGUGGCGUCUGCAGGAGGGCCGUGGUGAGGCAGUGUACCAGAUCGGCGUGGAGGACAACGGCCUGCUGGUCGGCCUGACCGACGCCGACAUGAAGGCCUCGCUCAGGACCUUAAAGAGGAUGGCAGAGAAAGUGGGUGCUGACAUCACCCUCCUCCGAGAGAGGGAGGUGGACUACGACCUGGACAGAAACACGCGCAAAAUCGCUGAAGUCCUGGUUCGGAAAGUUCCCGAUGAUCAGCAGUUCCUGGACCUGAGGGUGGCGGUCCUGGGGAACGUGGACUCGGGGAAGUCGACCCUGCUGGGCGUCCUGACGCAGGGCGAGCUGGACAACGGGCGCGGCCGGGCGCGCCUCAACCUCUUCAGACACCUGCACGAGAUCCAGACAGGACGCACGUCCAGCAUCAGCUUUGAGAUCCUGGGCUUCAACAGCAAAGGAGAGGUGGUGAACUACAGCGAGUCUCGGACGGCCGAGGAGAUCUGCGAGAGCUCCUCCAAGAUGAUCACCUUCAUCGACCUGGCCGGACACCACAAGUACCUGAAGACGACCAUCUUCGGCCUCACCAGCUACUGCCCCGACUUCGCCAUGCUGGUGGUCAGCGCCAACACCGGCAUCGCCGGUACGACCCGGGAGCACCUGGGCCUGGCCAUGGCGCUCAAAGUCCCCAUCUUCAUCGUGGUCAGCAAAGUGGACCUGUGCUCCCGCGGCACCGUGGACCGAACGGUGCGCCAGCUGGAGCGCGUCCUGAAGCAGCCGGGCUGCAACAAGGUGCCCAUGGUAGUGUCCACGCCGGACGACGCCGUGACCGCCGCGCAGCAGUUCGCCCAGUCCGCCUGCAUCACGCCUAUCUUCACCCUGUCCAGUGUGUCUGGAGAGAGUCUGGACCUGCUGAAGGUUUUCUUGAACAUCCUCCCUCCGCUGAGCAACAGCAAGGAGCAGGAGGAGCUGAUGCAGCAGCUCACCGAGUUCCAGGUGGAUGAGAUCUACUCUGUUCCUGACGUGGGGACCGUGGUAGGAGGAACCCUGUACAGCGGUGUGUGUAGGGAGGGUGAGAGGCUGGUGGUGGGUCCGACUGAUGAAGGCCGGUUCCUGCGUCUGAAGGUGGGCAGCAUCCAGAGGAACCGCUCGGCCUGCCGGGUGCUGAGGGCCGGCCAGGCCGCCACGCUCGCCCUGGGCACCUUCAACCGCUCGCUGCUGCGCAAGGGCAUGGUGAUGGUCAGUCCCAAGAUGAACCCGACCAUCUGCUGUCAGUUUGAAGCCGCCAUCGUGCUGCUCUUCCACGCCAAGACCUUCCGCCGCGGCUCGCAGGUCACCGUGCACGUGGGCAACGUGCGGCAGACGGCCACGGCCGAGUGCCUCCACGGCAAGGUCGGUUCACAGAGCUCACCGGACGGGCUGCGUGCCGGUGAGCAUGCCGUGGUGCGUUUCUGCUUCAUCAAGCACCCCGAGUACCUGCGUCUGGGCGCCAAGCUGCUGUUCCGGGAGGGCGUGACCAAAGGCAUCGGCCACGUCACGCGCCUGCUGCCCCCGUCCCAGAACCAAGACCAGAACCAGAACCACGACCAGAACCAGCAGGAGCACUGAACCCCUCCCAGAGUAGGGCUGGGAACACACGCACGACAAAAAACCCAACACCAGAUACAUCCGGCCGUUCUCGAGAAACGAUCCCUACUUGGAAUCGUUUCAAAAAUUACGAUUUCAUCAGAAUCGUUUGGAGGAUUUAGUUUAUAAUCUGAUCACCGCUUCCCAAUUUAACAUGCGCAAGUUUGGGUUUCCGUAGUGACCAGGUGCUUGUUGUGUUGCAGCCUUGGAGAGCAGUAAGCGGAGCUCUAGUGUGGAUUUAUUUUACGUUGAAAAAGCCCCGUCAAACUGCAACCCACCUUUGAAUCAAAAUAAAACGUUCCUCUUGUUGGUGAAAUAAGCACGUGACCCGUUUCAACGCAAACAAAAAUCCAAACGAUGCCCAACCCUAGGGUUGACCAUCGGUGCUUUCACUAAAUAUUUGCCACGUUUAAGCGUAACUCUCGCCAAAAUGCAUCCUAGGGUCUUUUUGUGAAUGUACCCAG